AUGGGUAACAACUCGCGCCACUCAAGUCGUCGACGGCCCUCGUCCGUGCACCGCGAAGAUCUAGAGGAAACAGCCCCACAUCUGCUUGAUCGCACGGGCUCGCAGGAAUUCAGUGUUGUCGAGAGUGUGGCCGUCCAGGAAGUUUUGACCGGGGAUGAGACGCCGGAUGUGGCACCGGCUACAUGGCCGCAGUCGGUGAGAUAUCUGGUCUUGAUUUGUGCUUUCCUGACCAGCCUGAGCUUCGGCGUCACUCAAGUGCCGCUGCUAUACGUCUUCAGGCUCAUGACUUGUGAUGCGUACUACGAAGAUCAUCCUUCUGGAGUUGUGCACGGCGUUGAGCGGUCGUCCACGACGGGAAUAUGGACAUCGGUUCUGUCCGCAGCACUGGUACCCUCGGUCUACUCGGCCAGUCCAGACACUGGAAACGGGUCCGAUCGAUGUUCCAUUCAUCCAAUCGAAAGCGCAACGGCCCUGUCAGUGUCGUUGCUGGGUGCCAGCACCCUCGUUUUCGGCACAUUGAACCUGUUCCUGACCGGCAGCUUGAUCAAGCGCAUCGGGGUCAAGCCGACGUUGAUGACCCAGGUGUUCUUUCCCGCCCUCCGGUUACUGAUACAAAAUGUGGGUGUCGAGGUCUGGGGCACUGCAGGAAUCAUUAUCAUUCAGUGCUCGCAGAUCGUCACCAUCGUCGGGGGACCCAGUGGAUAUAUGCUAGCACUGAACACCUUUGUUACCGACGUUGUGGAGCAUGAGGGCCGGACGGCGGCUCUGGGCAGACUGACCGGAAGCAUGAUGUUUGGCUCUGCCCUGGGUUUUUUGUUGGGUGGUGUUGUCGCCGAGGCCUUCGAUAUCAAGGCCCCCUUCCGUUUAACCUUGAUGCUCUUUUUGACUUCCUGUGCCUAUGUGUUCAUCUUCCUGCCACAUAUCCCGCCACAGCCAAAAGAAGUGGACCCGGAUUCAACCAAGGCCAAAAAGACAAAGACGACUUCGACCUUCACCAAGUUCUUCGGUCCUUUGAUGGUGUUUGCACCCCGGAAGUUUGUCACAAGGGAGGGCAUUGUCAGAACAGAGUAUGGGGCAUUCUUGCUGGCGUGGGGAGUCUUUCUGGGAAUACUAGCUACAGGCUAUCUGCCCACGCUGCUACAACUUUAUUCCACCGACGUCUUCAAUUUCGGGACACAGCAGAACGGUGGACUCAUUUUCAUGUACUCUAUGCUGAGGGGCGUCUUCUUGACAUUUGCGUUUCCAAAGUUCAUCGCUGUUGGGAGGAAGUGGAUGCUGAAGAGAGAGAAGCAGCACAGGGCAGAUACAGGAGAACCCACACCAUCGGAGCGCGCACCGCUAUUGGCAGAAUCCCGAGAUCAAGCAGACGCCAACAACGUGCACAAUUCCAAGGACAAAGAACCCCUCACGGAGCAAACGUUUGCUUUUGAUUUGACGUACACGAGAUUUUCGCUGCUUGCCGACGGGCUUCUAACACUGCUUUGCUCGUUCGUCCGCCAAGGCUGGCAAAUGUAUCUUGUUGCAGUCAUUCUGCCGUUUGCCGCCGGGACUGGGUCCGCAGCGAAAGGGACAGUCCUUCAGAUGGUGGGAAGCUCUGUCUCCAGCAGCGAGCGAACAGAUGCCCUGGCCGGGGUGUCUCUGGUCGAAAACAUGGCUCGGCUGGCGACGACAUUUGUCUUUGGUGUUAUCUUUGCGGCGUUUGCGAGCAUUGGAAGAACGGAGCUCGUUUUCACCUGCAACGCGGCGGUUGCACUGAUCGGGUUCGGAGUCCUGCUGUUUGCUCGUUUUCCACCAGAGGGGAGUCGCAGGCUUGACCAAAAGGACGAAGACGAGAAUGCUGCAUUAUAA